AACAGGACCAUUAAAACACUAGUUUUCCCCUAUACGUACCAACCCUCUCUUUUCCUUCUUUUAUGCUUAAAUUAUCACCAUGAACGACUCAUUAAUUUCAGCUGCGCAAGUCGGUGACAUAGACUUGCUCUACAAAUUAAUUCAGAUGCAACCAUAUGUGUUGGAGCAAACAGAUUUCAUGCCAUUUGUUGAUACACCUUUGCAUGUUGCAGCUGCUGCUGGCCAUGCAAGUUUCGCCACUGAGAUCAUGAGACUCAAGCCUUCAUUUGCAUGGAAGCUGAAUCCGUGUGGCCUUAGCCCCAUGCACCUUGCUUUGCAGAACAAGCAUUACAGAAUGGUGUGUCGCUUUGUGGACAUCAACAAAGACCUUGUUAGAGUCAAAGGGAGGGAGGGUCUCACUCCUUUGCAUAUUGCAACUCAAACCGGGAGAACUGAUCUUGUGGCCAAGUUCUUGUCGGCUUGUCCUGGUUCCAUUGAAGAUGUGACUGUUCGAAGUGAGACUGCGUUGCAUAUUGCUGUGAAAUAUAAUCAGUUUCGGGCUUUGGAGGUCUUGGUUGGAUGGCUUCAGAGAAACUGCCAAAGACAUGCUCAGGACCGGGAAAAAAGAGUUUUAAAUUGGCAAGAUGAAGCAGGCAACACCGUUCUUCACCUUUCAGUUCUCAAAGGCGUCACACAGGCAGUUGGGUUGUUGAUAGACAGCAACAUAAACAAAAAUGCGAAGAAUUUUGAGGACUCAACAGCGUUGGACAUGGUGGAGAUUAAUCAAACUACGGCUCAAAGUGCAGAGAUCAGAGAUGAGUUAGUUAGAGGAGGAGCUUUACGUGGCUUCUCACUAGCUAAUGCUCCACUCCUAGAAGAAGAGCUAAGAGCAAAAAUCACAUUCAAUGAGAGAAUAGCAAUCUUCGUUACUCGGCUCAGAAAGAGAAUAUCAAUCGACACACGCAAUGCUUUGUUGGUGGUUGCUAUUCUCUUCGUAACAAGCACAUACGGGGCAGUAAUUAGCCCCCCAGGUGGAGUUUACCAAGGUGAGGGUAGUAGGGUCACAACCUCAAAGAAGACUAGCGCAUCAUUGCAUCCCCGUGACUACGCAACCCCAGAAAUUGUAGGAAAAGUGGUGAUGAAAAUGCAAACCUUCUUCUGGUUCUGGUCCUUCAAUACCUUGUCCUUUUAUCUAUCAAUUUUGAUGAUAUGUUUGCUAAUGCCACGAGGGCGCAUAAGCGUUAUAGUGACUUUCCCACUUUCUAUCUUUACUGGGUGCUACGUGUUCUCCAUGAUGGUGAUAUCACCCAGUCUCAGGUUAAACACUGCCACUGUGGUUAUGCCAUGCAUAUUUAUAGUAUUUUACUGUUGGGGAAGUUGGAUAUACAUUAGGUUAGCCAAAAAACUUAAAGGAUACGGUCAUAAACAGAAAGACACGUUCAAGUUUUCAGGAGGAAACAGAUGGUAAUGAUAUCCAAAUUGAAAAUUUUUGUUA